CUUCCCCCGGUCUGCAGCCGCUCCCGGGCUGGGAGCGAUCACAGUCACCCUUUAACCUCUCAGUUCCUCUUCUCCCCUCCCCUCUCUUCCUCUAGUCUUUUCGUGCCCCGAACCGUAUCCUGGAGCCCUCACUCCUGCACGGGCUUCGGGGUGGACGGUGCACCGGGAUCACCGGCCUCCGAGCCGCGCUGCGUGGCCUCCACAGACGCCCCCACCUCCCGGGCCCACCCCUCCGCGGCGCUGAUUGGCCGCUUCUCGGCCACAUUCCCCCGCCCCCGGGGCCCGGCAGGGUCCUCGGCCCAGCGGAAAGUUUUCUGUGCCCGGAGGAAGUUGAACGUUCGCAGACUCCGAGAAAGCAGCUCCGGAGGCUGUAGGGGUCUGGGCUGCCAUGGAGGAGCCCCCUUUGAGAGAGGAAGAAGAGGAAGAGGAGGAGGACGAGGCGGGACCCGAGGGGGCUCUGGGCAAGAGCCCCUUACAGCUGACCGCUGAGGACGUAUAUGACAUCUCCUACGUGAUGGGCCGUGAGCUGAUGGCCCUGGGCAGUGACCCCCGCGUGACACAACUGCAGUUCAAGAUCGUCCGCGUCCUGGAGAUGCUGGAGACGCUGGUGAAUGAAGGGAACCUGACGGUGGAGGAGCUAAGAUUGGAGCGGGACAACCUCAGGAAGGAGCUGGAAGGGCUGCGGAGAGAGGGCUCGGCUGCCGGCCCGGAGGUGAACCUGGGACCAGACAAAAUGGUGGUUGACCUGACAGAUCCCAACCGACCGCGCUUUACUCUGCAGGAGCUGAGGGACGUGCUUCAGGAGCGCAACAAGCUCAAGUCACAGCUGCUGGUCGUGCAGGAAGAGCUGCAGUGCUAUAAGAGUGGUCUGAUUCCACCAAGAGAAGGCCCAGGAGGAAGAAGAGAGAAAGAGGCUUUUGUUCCCAGGGGCAGCAAUGCCAACAGCAACAAGGAGGAGAAGACAAUCAUAAGGAAACUGUUCUUUUUCCGAUCAGGGAAGCAGACCUAGGCCUGAGGUCAUGACUGCGUUCUCAGACACAGAAGACCACCCAGAAAGACGACUUCUACAAUCAUCUCUUGGUGCCAUGCGUACCCACUGCACUUGCUUCUUCGCUUCCCCUCAAAGCUGUCCGAGGAGGAAGGGGUGAAGCUUUCUCCCCAGCUGCAGAACUGAACACCCCUGAACUCUGGGCCAGGGCAGAAGUGGCAAAAGAAAUUGAGAAAGCAGAAGAAAAAAACAGUGGGGCCACCUGCAGCCCCACUUCAGCCACCCAGGGAGCCCCAAGCACGCAGAUGUGGAUGCCAGCUCUGCGUCCCUGGGCCCACGUCUUUGCCACACAGCAGCGAAAUACACCAGCCCAAGUGGGGAUGGGGAGAGGAUGCAGGAAAACCUGGUAUGGACAUUGCAAUGAAGACUUCACUGAUAUUUAGUGAAUAUUUGAUUUUGCUCAUAUGACUUUCCAUAUAUGAUUUUGUAUUAAAGUAAAAUGACUUUUACACUUUCUCUGUUUUAGAGUGGCCUCUUGGAGUUAUGUGACCUGGUAUAAGGUACUUCAGCCUUCUGGAGUCUUGGUUUCCAAAUAUGUGAACUGUAUACAGUUGACUCUUGACCAAUUCACUUUGAACUGCGCAGGUCCACUGACACAUGGAUGUUUUUCUAUAGUAAACACCGUGAAAUUGAAAGUGAAAA